AUGUUAACAAUUUCAAAAGAUAGAAAAUUCAAGCAAGUUGAUGUAUUUACAAGUGUACCAUUGCAGGGUAAUCCUUUGGCUGUGAUAAUGGAAAGCGAUGGUUUGAGCCCUGAACAAAUGCAAAAGAUUGCAGGUUGGACAAAUCUUUCAGAGACUACCUUUAUUUUACCAGCAACAGAACCAAACGCAGACUAUCAAGUACGUAUUUUCACACCAGAGAAAGAGCUACCGUUUGCAGGUCAUCCAACACUGGGAACUGCACAUGCAUUGCUAGAGGAUGGAAUACAAACAAAGACACCAAAUCGCAUUGUUCAGCAAUGCGGUGUAGGAUUGGUGGAGAUUGCAAUCGCCGGAGAACCUUCUCAGGCUGAUCGAACACUAUCAUUCCGUUCUCCACCUGGAAAUGUCUCACAGAUCUACGACCAAUCGAAGCUUUCGGUAUUGACCGACGCCCUCGAUAUUAGCGCGACUAUCGACACUGCCCAUUUGCCGGCAUCCGUGGAUAUGGGUAUUCGUUGGCUUAUCAUUCGUCUCAAGAGUGCAUUGGAUGUACUUGCAUUCGUACCAAAGAACUUGGCAGCAUUGCUUAGUUUACCACAACAGUUCCAAGUCGAUGGAUUCUCUAUUUAUGGAGUGUAUGAAGAAAAUCAAUUGCCAGGAAUCAACUAUGAAAUCAGAGCGUUCUGUAUUGAGCACAACACCGUCGUUGAAGAUCCAGUCACAGGAAGCGCCAACGCUUGCCUAUCUCGUCUCCUCCAGGAACAAGGAUUCCCAGACAGAGGAAGAACAGCACAAUCCUAUCUUGUCAGACAGGGAACACUUCGUCAGAGAGAUGGAAGAAUUUUAGUUACCUACUUUGAAGGCCAACCUUGGAUCGGUGGACAAGCUACAACUUUAAUCAAAGGAACUAUAUCAAUUUAA